CGGCGCCACGUCCGCAGCCAGAGGCCGCCGUCGCAAACCGUGUCUUCUGGCUCCACAGCCGGAGGAGGCGUCUCCGGAGCCCGCGACUGCCUGAGGCUGUGCCCGUCGCUCAGGCCCGAAAUCUCCUCGCCCUUCCUCGGUGCUGCCCGCUCCUCCGCCCGGCCCCGGCGCCGGCCCCCGACCCGGCGGUGAUCAUGAAUCAGACAGAUAAAAAUCAACAAGAAAUCCCAUCAUACCUUAGCGAUGAACCACCAGAAGGUUCAAUGAAAGAUCACCCACAACAGCAACCAGGCAUGCUGUCCCGUGUGACUGGGGGUAUCUUCAGUGUUACAAAGGGAGCUGUUGGUGCCACCAUUGGUGGCGUGGCUUGGAUUGGUGGAAAGAGUCUGGAGGUGACCAAAACAGCUGUCACAACUGUGCCUUCCAUGGGAAUAGGGCUGGUGAAAGGGGGCGUGUCUGCUGUGGCUGGAGGUGUUACAGCUGUUGGGUCUGCUGUUGUAAACAAAGUGCCCUUAACAGGAAAGAAAAAAGACAAAUCUGACUAAAAUAUGGAGAUACAGUUGUUCUCCACAGCAUUAUGAUGCCAGUGGCAUUGAAUUGCUAAAUUAUGGACUACAACCGAGUCACCUGUUUUGGACGUUUAUCUUCUAACUGCUGUGUUGAAAGUAUUGAUGACUGACUGACUGGCUUUUGUCUAAAAAGAAGAGACCAAUACUAGCACAGUGUAUGAAGGUUUCUCAUACUUAAAUUCCAGCUUUUUAUCUGGUAAAAUGUUACACUUAUUCAGUUGUAACUGAAGAUAUGGUGUAUUUGAAUAUUUACUAUAUAAGUCUUUCAGUUUAACUAAAAAUGUGAAAGUUGAAUUUAGUGGAUGAUCUUUACAGUUCCAUAUGUAUAAUGUGCCAGGUAACUCAUCUGCCCCUUAAGAAGGGAACCUUGAACUACAUAAACUGUACCUUUGAUGUGCCUAAUAGUUUCAAAUGUUUUAAUUAGUUUUUUUUAAUAACCAUAGUUGAUUAGACCAAGAGGCAUUCUUUUAUUAUUUAAGGUGGUAAAAGUAGCAGGAACUAGAGAAGGUUAAAAGAAAAGAUUCAUGGUUUUGUGAGUAUUAACCAUCUUGUAUUAGACAUGCAUUAUAUUAAUUUAAUCAUUGAUGCCUUACAAAAGAAAACAUCUUUUCUAAUGCCCUGAAUAUGUGCGGUUCUUAGGAUUAUUAUUAUAUAUGGAUUCUUUCAAAAGUUGUUUGUGAAAUUAGUUUUUCCUCAAGAAUCUCAGGAUUAGUGGGGUAAAGGCAUUUCUUGCUCUCAGCAGGUAAGACAGUGCUUGUUAACAGUCAGUAGUUAUACCAAAUUGUACACUUCAACCUGGGUUCAUGCUCCAUCAUUAAUAAACCUUACAGUGCCUAAGGAACAUUUCUUUGCUGGUCAGAAGCUAUGUUAAAAGAGUUUCAUAUUAAGGAGGAACACAUGAAUCAUUUUAAGUUCUUAAGAAUUAUCUGAAGCAUCCAAGAUAUAAAAAGAAUCCUUCACAUCUAUUUUGUCUCACAUGCUUACAUACUCAGUUGUGCCCAACUCUCUGUGACUCCAUGGACUAUAACCCAUCAAGUUCCUUUGUCCAUGGAAUUUUUCAGGCAAGAAUACUGAAGUGGGUUGUGAUUUCCUAUUCCAGGGGAUCUUCCCAACACAGGGAGCAAACCCAUGUCUUGUGCUUGGCAGAUGGAUUCUUAACCACUUGUGCCACCUGGCACAAGGAUGGCUUAAAUUAUUAGCAGUACCCCUUUUAAAAAACACAGUAAAAGCAACUAUGGAUAUGUGACUUAAAUUGAAUGGAAUGGGCUCCACAGAUUAAUGCUGAAGAUUAAGUAUAUUGAUAAGUGCUAUCAAUGUUUGACAGGCUUUUAAAAUGUUAUCUUACAGUCCUUUAAAGCAGCAGUAGACUUUGUAUCAUUUUCCACAUCAACUUCAGGCAGGGAAUUGAAUUUUUUGGUUACGGAUGAUAAGCGUGUCAUAUCUUAAUAACGUCUCAUGCCUCGUUCAUUCUAAAAGAGUAUGACUUAGCUGGAAUUCAUCUUUGUUUCAUGUUCAAUUUCAUAAAAAUUUUUAAAGUGGAAUAUAUAUUCGGCAUAUAUCUUAACUAAGGCUUUAAUCCAAGUUUGAAAAAUCUUAAUUUUUUUUAAGUUUGGAAAUUUGCUACCAUUCUGCACUGUUUUUUUUUUAAUGAGCAAGGGGAAGAAAGGAGGUGAUACUCUUAAGUCAGUAAGUCAAAAUAGCACUCCUGAGAACUUAAAUCACUCCAACACCCAAAGCUUAAGUGUUUGUUUGCAAACCCUUAAGAGUUUUACAUUAAUAAUGUGGAUCAACAAAUGGAUAAGAACAAAACUUAACUUUUAAAAGCUUUUAUAAAUACCAGCAGGGAUUUAUGCAAAUCCAGUUUCCUGAACCUUUCUACCAUAUACAAAUCUGGAACGUCAUUAAGGAGUUAAUCAGAAAUUAAAUUGCCAUUUAUUUCAUCCAGUAUGAUUUAUCUGUUGGUAUAAAGAAAGAAAGUGAAGUCGCUCAGUCGUGUCCGACUCUCUGUGACCCCAUGGACUGUAGCCUACCAGGCUCCUCCGUCGAUUUGGAUUUUCCAGGCAAGAAUACUGGGAGUGGGUUGCCAUUACCUUCUCCAGGAGAUCUUCCUGAUCCAGGGAUUGAACCUAGGUCUCCCGCAUUGUAGGCAGACGCUUUACUCUCUGAGCCACCAGGGAAGUAUCUGUUGGUAUAUUGUGAUCAAAUAUAAUUAGAAACAGGAUUUUAAAAAAACUCUGAAAUUAAUAAACACUAAAUGAUCUCAAUAAUGGUAUUGGAGAACUUUUUCCUGUUAUUUGAAAGAAAUUAUUGCUUUGUUGCUAGUUUAUAUUUCUAAAUUAUCUUCAUAGGCUCUGCUGUGCUUUGUACCUGAAUUUCUACAUAUAGACUUUAGUUUACUGUGUGCUUGAAUAUUUAUUUUCAACUUGGCUUGUCUUUAAAAUUGCUUGAGAAAAAAUGGUUGUAAUUAAUUUCUGCUACAGAAAAGCCACCUGGUACAUUUUAUCUCAUCAAGCUUGUUUUAAAUUUUAAACUUAUAACUUUGUUCGGGAGAGGCUUUGCAAUGAUAGCAGAGAACUUGUACAAAUGAACAGUUAGUUGUAGAGGUUCUUGUUGAAAUGAACUUGCCAUUUGAUAUGUAAAGCUGUACACUUGAGUCUUUUCCAGUUUAUUUUUGUAGACUAGCAAUCUGACCUGUUGAACAGUACUAGCUAACUUCAAGAAACUGAGGUUGUUGUAUACACCUGGAGGCAUCUGUUAUUCAGCUUAUCUUUUAAGUGGGUAUUUGGCACAAUGAGGAUAAACUUGUGUGACCCACUAGAAUGACUGAUCUAAUAAUGUUGACAUCAUGAAUCCUGUACUUAGUGAAAUGUCAGAUGAAAAUUACUGAUCAUUGAGUAAAUUUUUUGUGUUAAAAGAAAUGGGAAAAGAAUACAUGAAUAUGUUUAAUAAAGCACUAUGAUCUGCAAAAGAUGAACUGUUUCAUAAAGAUCUAAGGAAAUAAAGGGAAUUUUAAAACAGGAUAUUCUUAAAAUUUUAGUUAUAUAGCAAAUCAGAAAGCACUGUAGCCAGUUUUUAAAUUUUUUGGUACUAACGCACAAACAUGACAGAACAUCUCCAAAUAUGAAUUAUGAUGCCAACAAUCAAGUCCACAUGUAUUUUAAACAACUCUAAUAAAUAUCAAACAUGCAGAUUUCUAGGUUUGACAGCAACUUGCUGAAUCUCUGCAGGGUGGAAUUCAAGACUGCAGUUUAACAACCUCUGCAGGUGGUUCUUGUGCACUCGUAAACUUCGGGAUUUGAUGGAGGAAUUACAUAGUAGGGAGGGCACUUCUGUGUCCUAGGCCGAUGUGGAACCAACUUAAGACUGCUUACUGGCCAGAAAUGAUUCAAAGGGAAGGGAACCAACUGGAAGAAGGAAGAAAAUUGAUACUUACUGGGCACCUACUUACCUAUCGGGAAUGGUCCAUAAAUUCUCUUAUUUAAUCAGUAUGAGGCCCUUAGGAAGAAAGUAUCUGUAUUCCCUUUGUACAAAUAUGGAACAAGCUAAUCUCCAAUGUUAGUUGAGUUUCCCAUAAUGCUUGAAUUAGUGUCAGUCACAACCUCCCCAGCGAAUGCUUGAAUUAGUGUCAGUCACAACCUCUCCGGCCUAUGUCCAGAAACAAAGGGGACUGCUCAAUAAUUAGCCCUUCAUUCUGCUGCUGUAGUGCUGCCUGUACGCUUGAUUUACCAAGCUGUGUGAUUUGAGCUCACUUCAAGUCUUCGGCGUGAUCAUAUUUAUUUGGCAGCUAAUUGCAUUCUGCCACAGAAAUAAAUUUAUACAUAAAUUGUUUAAAGGAAAUAAUGUAAUUUGUUGUUAGUCUUUUUUUCCACAGAGGAAAUGACAUUUGACUCUAGUGUUUUAUGUAAGGGUAUCUCCCCCUGCUACGUUGUUGAUUUUGAGUAUCUAAAAUUUUACUUGUAGGAUGAUCUGGGUUAAGAAUGCAAGAAUGGAAAAAAGCAGAGUUUCAUGGGCUAAAAAGUAAUGGACUAGGAUUUGGUGUAAAGGAAAAUAAAGCUGGUAUACUGCA